AUGGCGACCGAACUGACUGUCCAGUCCGAGAGGGCUUUCCAGAAGCAACCUCACAUUUUCCAGAACGCCAAGGUUAAGGUUAAGGCUUCUAGGCCCGGAAAAGGUGGAAGGAGGUGGUAUAAGGAUGUCGGCCUCGGUUUUAGGACCCCAAAGACCGCCAUUGAGGGCAACUACAUUGACAAGAAGUGCCCGUUCACUGGUCUCGUUUCCAUCCGCGGCCGCAUCCUCACUGGAACCGUCGUCUCAACUAAGAUGCAUCGAACCGUCAUUGUCCGCCGCGAAUACCUCCACUUCAUCAAGAAGUACUCCCGAUACGAGAAGAGGCACAAGAACCUUGCCGCCCACGUUUCCCCAUGCUUCCGUGUUGAAGAGGGCGACCAGGUUACUGUUGGCCAAUGCCGACCUCUCAGCAAGACUGUGCGGUUCAACGUUCUUCGCGUGCUCCCCCGAACUGGGCGCAAGUCCGCCGAAGAUCCGCUUCAAAAAUUAGACCCGAAGUUACGCGACUUUCUCGAUAGGGAAUCAUCCUUUAACGCUCAGUUGAGCAAGCCUGAGGUAGAUGUGCGACGUCAUCCAUCCCAGCCGACACCACGGGACGCCAACCUCGACGUGCCACGAGGAAGCCUCUAUAAGGACGGCCGUUAUGCUGGUCUAUGGAAAACAUACAGGCCUCUAGAGGCCGUGGAGGCUGACGCGAAAAGCAGCCAUGAAAGACUAAUGGACGUCCUGGAUGGCUUCAAGGAGCGCAAGACGAUGAUUGCGAAAGCAGCUCUUGAAAACUGUGCCUUUCAACAAGAGGAGUGGAGAAAAUGUAUGAUCGAGGGCAGUUGGAUGGACACGUUGCAGAUGUGUCGAGACCAGGCAAAACAGUUCGAGCGAUGCUACACAAUGCAAUCGAGGUUCCUUCGAGUCCUGGGUUAUAAGGCCGAUGUUGGCCGCGAAAAUACAAUCGAAGAAGACAUACAACUGCACGCAGAUUCACUUUACCAAAGAAUGAUUGUGCAUGAGAGUGCGGCCACGAGGGCUCGGGAGACUGGUCUUCCUGUGCCUGCAUUUGAGAUCAUCCCUCCUCGUAUUGCUUCAAAAGCACCUGUUCCAGAUGACGCCGUGACGAGCCGGUGGAGGGACCAGCUAGACAGGCUUCCCGAAGAUGAACGAGUUGCUGAAGAAGCGGCGUUGAGGGCGGACUACGAGGCAAGGUCAAGAACGGCUGAGAAGUACCUGGGUCAGAAACUUCGUGCGCAGCUCUUGAACAAAAUCCUCAAGGGCCCUGAGUCUCGCUCGCAACUCUUUCCGCGCAAAUGGGGCGUCUUCACGCUGUGCGGCCUCAAAGAGUUGUUUGAUGCAUAUACUAAUGACCUCCUCACAGGACUGAUUGAGCACAUCGAUAACAUUCACACCCUUCUGAUUACCAAAGGGAAUCUCAGAAGACAGGAUAUCAUGAUCAUGAUCCGCUCCGUGAAGUGA